AUGGCAGGCCUACACACAAAAUCUGCCAUGGCCGCCCCCUUCUCCCUGGCCGCGGCCUUCCGAAGCCUUUCCAUCGCUGCUCCAAAGCGAGCUUUCUCAACGACACCGGCAACGCAAUCAGUCCCCAAACUCCCUGAAGAUGCCCCCGUCUACCCCUACGGACCCAAUCGGUGGUACAAGCAAUCCAACAGCGGUCUCUACGGCGGUGCCAUGAUCCGCUUCGGUAACAAGAUUUCCAAGGGCCGCAACGAAGGCAAGACACGACGAAGCUGGAAGCCCAACGUUCGCCGGAAGAAGAUUCCCAGCGAGGCACUUGGCGAAGAGCUGUUCAUCAAGGUCACUCGACGUUCAUUGCGAUCAAUCCAGAAGGCAGGCGGUCUAGACAACUACCUGCUCUCUGAUCGGCCAAAACGUCUCAAGGAGCUGGGUCCGUUCGGUUGGAGCCUCCGACACCAGAUCAUGCAGACGCCAGCUAUCCAGGAACGCUUCGAUGCGCAGCGCGCGAAGUUGCAGGUUCCCAAGCCUCCCACAUUCGAGGAAUACUUGGCAAGCAAGAAGACGGAAAUGGAGCAGAAGAUCAAGGACUUGGAUAUCGACUCCCUGACCAAGCCUCGUCCUUUCGGUCGUCAGUUCACCAAUGUGCGCACGAAGGAGUAA